AAACCAGCAAAAGCCGUCGGCCGAUCAGGUAGGCCUCCAAGAUGGCGAAAAUGACUCAGGGGAAGAGGUGGAGGGAAAAGUCACCCCAGUGAUCCUACAAAACAUGCUUGAUGCCCAAUCACACAAGCUAAUGGCACAUUUCCAAACAUCCAUAUCUGACCUGAAAAAAGAAAUCCAAGCUAUUGGAGACAGGACAGAGCACCUAGAAAACAAAGUGGAAACCCAUGCGGCUGCAGAUAACACCAUGCUCACUAAAAUUCAACAACUAGAAGCACACAUAUCCUCCCAUGAUAACAAACUGGCAGACCUUGAAGACAGGUUUCGUAGGAAUAAUCUGAGGCUCAGGGGCAUUCCAGAAUCUGUGGCGGUGGGAGACCUACAAGCAUUCGCCACAAGCCUGUUCCAGAACCUCUGUCCUGACUUGCCAGCCCAAAUGCUCCUCCUAGACCGCAUACACAGGGUGGCCAAA